AUGUCUGCUCUGGACUUUAGGACGUUCGAGCCAACAGGGUCGCUUGCCGAAGACAAGAGUUAUCUGGCAGGUGCCAAAAUCAUGAAGCAUCAUGCCAAAGCUUUGGACGAAAAGGAUUGCGCGACUCGAUCUCGUGCUGCAAUGCCGCGUACCGGAGGACCUGGCUCAGCAGUCCCCAAGUAUGGUGCGGCUGCGAUGGGCGGCGGUCCGAAUGCCAUUCUGUCUAAGCUUUGGGAAGAUGCCACCGACGGGGGCGUGGACAUUGAUCGAGGUUCAUCUGGUCUGAGACUCGUCCGAGCCAGAAAACAACCACCGGACAAUGGACACUGGCGGUUAGAACUUGGUUUGCUGGCCCCUGGGAGAGACGGCAAGAGUCAGGGCCCCCUUGUAACAAACCCCACGGAAGCGAAGAAGAGUGUUGCGCUUGGCAAAACUUCAGACCGAGCCUCACCAGGGCAUCAGGGGCCACCAUCGACUGGACAGCGCCGCAACGGGCUAUUUCUAAAGAUGGUGGAAGCUAAGAACAGUCCGGGCCCAUUGGCUUUGAGUGGCUGUUACCAAGGACCAAAAGAUGCAUGCUGCAUUCGGGGACGCGGUGCUGUUGCAGCUCGCAGCUCCGUUGCACCAACAACACGGUCACACGGGUUCGGUUUGGACUCUGGAGAGACCGGUGCCCCCCUAGAAGAAGCCAAGAGAUAUCUGCAUCGCAUGGGACGUCUGGCUCAAAACCACGAGGUUCUCCCGCAGAUGCUCGCCCGGCCGAAGUCUGAGUCUCUUCGACUUGUUUUCCUUCUUUUCGACAUCUUCCAACGCCAGACAUACAUCGGAAGGCCUCGAUCGAUCCAUUACCGCCUCGCUGGUCGCUGUCUCUGUUUCUUCGCCGAAGGGGUUUCUACGCUUUUUAUCGUUUUCGUGUUUCUCAAACCUUGUCCGGACUUGCCCUGGCCCAGCACCCAUCAUCAUCAUCAUCAUCUCGUCCCAUCCCGUACAUGA